UCCUGUCGGAUUUGAUAUGAAUAUUCUGUGUCAUGUUAUGUUCCUGCUUCUGCUGGGAGUCAUUUCUUGUCAGAACAACAAUCGCAAUGCCAAGUCAGGUGGAAAACCUGCAAAGAAGCCUAACAGCCAGGCUAUAGAGAUGACCCAGCAUGGCCCUGAAGAUGACCCAAACCCUGCACUAGCAGGUGCUGGCGAUUCCAGUAAAGAAACUAACACUGGAGGUCGUGGCACUGCCCAACAAAGCGCAUCUGUCAACAAGCCUGUUGAUGAAAUGAAGCUGCACUUUCUUAAGAACACAUUAGUGACAUGCAACGAUGGUACAGCCGCUGGGUUUUACCUAAAGGAGUUCAAAGGAAGUAAGAGAUGGCUGAUAUUUUUGGAAGGUGGCUGGUGCUGCUACAACAAAGAGACCUGCGAUUCCAGAUACAAAACUAUCCCUCGUCUGAUGAGCUCAACUGACUGGCCACAGACGCGCAAAGGGACUGGAUUACUAUCAACACAAGUUGAUGAAAAUCCUCACUGGUAUAAUGCCAAUAUUGUGUUUGUUCCCUAUUGUUCAAGCGAUGUGUGGAGUGGUAACAAAGCAGCAUCAAAGUCCAAACAGGGAAAAGAAACAGAAUAUGCUUUCAUGGGAUCUCAAAUCAUUCGGGAGGUGAUCAAAGAUCUUGUCCAAAAAGGACUGAAACAAGCCAAAGUUGUGAUGUUGGCAGGAACUAGUGCCGGGGGAGCAGGUGUCCUGCUGAACAUUGAUAAGGUGUCCAGUCUUCUGGAGCAGCUGGGUGCAGACGCUCAGGUGCGCGGCCUUGUUGACUCAGGCUGGUUUCUGGAGAGUAAACAGCAAAAAGCUCCUGAUUGUCCAGACAGUGCCUCCUGCACCCCUGUGGAUGCCAUAAAAAAAGGACUUCGGUUGUGGAGUGGUGUUGUUCCAGAAAAGUGCAAGCAGCAGUAUAAAAGAGGCGAGGAAUGGCAAUGCUUUUUUGGACAUAAACUGUACUCCUACAUAACCGCUCCACUGUUUGUAGUGCAGUGGUUGUUUGAUGAGGAACAGUUACGAGUGGAGAACAUUUAUAUGGGCAGCCAAUCGCUCUCAGAGCAGCAAUGGACCUACAUGCAGAACCUGGGAAAAGAGUUUAAAAGCUCUCUCAAAGAUGUUACGGCCGUGUUUGCCCCCUCCUGUCUUUCCCACACUUUGAUUACCAAAAGGUAA